CUAGAAUCCGACAUGCAGUUCAUCAUCGUAUACUUUGUGGCUCUGGUGUGCUUGUGUCAUGGAGGAGGAAUCAAUUCCAAUGCCUGCCGUCAGACCUGCCAAAAGGAAGGUAUCAUGUCGGAGGCCUGUCUGCAACACUGCGUAGGUCUAGCAAUCAUAAUGGUCAAAAGAUAUAGGCCAUUAUUUCCGCGAAGGCGAAAUCUGCAAUAAGGAACGUUCCAAGGUGCAGCCGGACUGUAUGGGUCGCUGCAUAGCUCUAACAAUGGUAAUGAUCAAAAAUUGAUCCGAAUCAAAUCCGAUAAUCCGUAUAAACCUUUGCAUGCACAAAUCCUUGAUAC